AUGCCGUCCAACGUGUCCCAACCUUCAUCCUCUGCUAGUUCUUUACGAGAUGGACAAUCUAACGGGUUCUCGGAAGCUUCAGGCCGAAGAGAAUCGAUCUGUUCUGUCCUGAACAAGGAAUGGUCCGACUUUUCGGUGGUUUUGGAGAUGAAGAUGGGGGAGAUGGCGGUGGUAACCAUCAGCUGCCCGAUGGGGGAGUUUGAUAACGACAGUGGGGACAAUGGUGUGAUCAAGUUUGGAGAUAAAUCUAUCGAAUUCAUAAGGGAAGAGAAGCAAUCUGGUAUGUUUUGGCUUUGCUUUUUUGUGUUUUAGGUAUCUAAAUUGAGAAGAUCAUGUUUUACGACGUGAUAUUGGAUGUAAGAUUAUGCUAUCUAAUGUAUUGCUGGUCAAUCCAUAUUGAAUUUGUUUUAGACGGCAGUGUUGUGAGUAAAAAACGACUGGUCAACUUCACCAACAUACGAUUUGAGCCGAACACUGUGAAAUGUGGUGUUUGGUCUGAUCAAAAUGGGUUGUUUUGUUGUAAAGUGGAGCUGGGAUAUAGAGAUUAUUUAGGUGGUAAGUUUUUAACUUAGUUUACUUGUAUAUAGAUCGAAUAUUUAUUUUGAAAUGUCAUAAAGUUACCAUAAUAUCAUAGUUAAUGUUUUUGGGGGUUUAAAAUGAAGCUUAAAAGUAUAUUAUUAUAGGUAUUCGCCGUUUCUCUGAUCUUCAGUCUUUUAUGGCUAACAAAGUACCUCUAAAAGACUUUGCCCAUCGUCUGACACACAAUGGCAUGAAGAUCUUUUGUGCUGAAUGUAGAGCUUCUAUAUUGGAAGUGGACGGUGAUAAGAAGAUGGAUAUCCAAGCUUCUGAAGAGCUAGAUCUACUGGAAGGUGGAGUGGAUCUGUCUGAAUAUGCAUAUCACAGUUGUUCUCACGAGCACGGUGCUCGUAAUGUUGAGGAUGACGGUAAAAAGGAGGAAUGUAACGGGUUAACACCGUCAAACAAGAAGCCCAUUCUGACAGAGACACAGUUUUGGAUGCGCUACAACAACAGCUACGAGAAGCAGCUGCUCUUGGACAAAAGCAGUUUUAUCGUGUCUUGCAAAGGAUGUGUGAAUGAGAUUGGCAGGAUGUGUAAAGGUACGACGCUUCAGCUUUUGCGUUGUUUUAGCUGACUUAUAGGCAACUGCUUAUAUUUUUUCUUUCUAUAUGAUAUGUUGUUAUAUGUGGUUAAAGGCUAAAUUAUGUAUGGCCACUUUUAGACAACGAAAACGUGGUCAAGUUGGACAUGUCGGCUGUGAUAAUCGAGGACCCUUUAUCUCCCAAGUGCAUAAUAGAAGAACGAUUUCACUCGAUGGAACGUUACUUCGCCUACCUUCUACUACGGUACUCAGCUUUUGACAAUUGUCUCAAACUGAUGGUAAGGACCUUGGAGAAGGUACCGUACGUGAUGGUGUGGCUGGUAGAGCCCAUCUUCUUGUUCGCUGAUGGCAAGAUGAAGGAAGAGACGGAAUGUUCGAAGAAUGUUAAGGCUAAACCUUGUAAACUGAAGAAGAAGGCAUUGACUGACUCUUCUCUCAUCCAUGCCUACACCUCCCUCAAGGUCUUGUACAAUGUCUUUGAUGCGGAAUCGGCUAAGACGUAAGAGUUAUAAUGCUAUUGAAAGUUAAUAUAGAAUUUUUAAUAUAAAGUAUAACGUGAUUUGUCAUACCAAGCCAUCGUUAAGCUUAUUGUUUAGAAGCCCAGCUGCCCAAGAUCGCUCCGUUACCUACAUUGAUCUACCUCAAACCACGUGUAUGCGUUUCGAAGAGGUUCUGCUACGGAACUCGGCCAGACUACCGGCUCAAAAUAGGUUUUUAGGCAAUUUCAUGGUAAGUUUUUACUGCGCUUUAACUAUUAAACAGAUUAACAGCUUGAACUAUAUUACCCAUGCUACAUUUUUAAAACUAUUUUUCAAAAUGAUUACUCAAUUUCAGAUAUCAUUCUUGACUGUCGACGACGAGUAG